AUGUCCUCUCGACCAUUCCGCUUCCUCGAUCUCCCGGCUGAGCUACGCUGUAUGGUCUACGAAGCCACCGACAUAGCGACAAGAAAAGAAAAGUACAAGCCCACAACAAGAUACAAGCCCCCCAACGUCUACAUCAAACAAGACGACGGCUCUUCGCAAGGCAAUGGUAAACUCGUUAUGUACCGACGCGCUCUGCCAAUGUCAAUCCUGGUAACCUGCCGCCUCGUCAACAAAGAAGCUGCACCUAUCAUUGCUCAGAAACUCAAAACAAUGGUGAGGGAGCCAGUACGCUUUCGCAUGGACUGGACAGCCGCCAACCGGAUUCAAAAUCACUUGAAUAUCUGCCUCAACACUUCACCUGAGGGAGCGCUGCCUGUUAUCCGGUCAUCCGAUCCGAGAUCGCAAUUCUUCUACACCUGCAGCUCGUACCUCGCGGAGAUCGCUCGUUUACGCCCAGCCGAUACUGCUUCUGCUGAGGUCGAAGUCACCAUUGCAACUUCCGAACUGGAUUAUCGCAGAAUGGGGUGGAGCCGAGCUCGCACCUGUGAGUUUUUUGAGGGUCUCUGCCAGGACUUCGGUAUUGGUCCUAAUAGGGGGAAUCGGUGGCACGGAGGUUUUGGCGUCAGUCUUCGCAUCGAUGCUAUAAUCAGCCCACAACCGACGAAUGGUCUCCGGUUAGAUAACUGGAGGACCGUUGUAGGACAGCCACCGGAUUACAAGAGUUACGUGGUCCACGAUGUGUCCAAGGGCGAAUGGGAAGAGCACGUACAGAUGUUGAAGAAACUCUGA